ACCGAUUCGUUGGUGAAUCACUCGUAGUUAUUAGAAAAGGGAGCGGAGCUGCUGCGGUUUUAGUGCUGCGCUGAAACACCGGAUCACAGGGUCAGCUUUUUCACCGCUCACCUGUGCCAGAGAAUCCGAAAUGAGAUCUCAGGUGCGUUCUGGGUAAGCGGUAGAGACGUCGGAAGAUAGUGCGCGUAUUCGUGGCGGAAAGAAUUGGAUUAAAAACAAAAAGAAGCCAUAUUUCUGCGUAGAGACGCGCUACCGAUUCGGUUCCUCCUCCAUGCUUAAGUCAGCGAGCUUUGGUAUGGCGGCUUGCGCCCCCGGGAACCGCUUUAACGGCGGAUACACCACCAACACCACCAUCACCACCACCAGCAGCAGCACCGCGCCCGCUCCGCCUCCGGCUCCUGCGCACAAGGCCAAGCAGAAAGGCUUCUGCCUGGUCAGGAUGAUGAAUCUGAACGGUAAAAAAGGGAACGCAGAUCCCCGGAAACAGCAGCACCAGCACGGCACCGUGCCCUUCAUCAUUCACUGCCACAUCGGUAAAGAAAUCAAGCACAUCUGCGGGAACUGCAGCCGCGCCACCGACGCGCAAGACGCGGAGGAGGUGGAGCGGCUGGCUGCCAUGCGUUCCGAGUCGCUCGUGUCCGGCACGCACACGCCGCCGAUUCGCCGCAGGAGCAAGUUCGCCACGCUCGGCCGACUCUUCAAGCCCUGGAAGUGGAGGAAGAAGAAGAGCGAGAAGUUCAAGCAGACCUCAGCAGCUCUGGAGAGGGAGAUGUCGGUGAGACAGAGCCGGGAGGAGCUGAUCAAGCGUGGCGUGCUGAAGGAGAUCUUCGAGAAAGCUCCUAUUGAAUUCCGGGCCUCCAUGGAAGGCAGUGUUUGUCCUCAGGACCCCCCCCUGAAGUCGUCCCUGGUUCUGCCUGCUAAGAAAACGGUAAAUUUUCAAAAUGAGGUUCAGGAGAACCCUCCGAAAGCCGCGCUCUUCCACAAGCAGCCUCCCGCUCUGCCGCCGAAGCCUUUUACCCGGCAGCUGAACCACAACAUGGAGCCAUGUCAGACCCUGAAGCUGCCCUGCGUUCAGGGGAAACACUCUCCUCCUCUUCCUCCUAAGAAAGUGAUGAUCUGCGUGCCGUCCGGAGGCCUGGAGCUGCCCGUCUCUUCCCCGAGCCCUCUCGCCACCUACCCCGGGAAAUGCACUCCCAUGAUGUACCACGGCAGCCUGGGGGGGCAUCACGGACACCCGCACCAGCUGCAGUACGGCAGCGUGCCCAGCCGCAUCAUCGAGGAGCUCAACAAGACGCUGGCGCUGUCCAUGCAGAGGCUCGAGAGUUCUGCAUUGCAUUCUGGGCAGUGUGGUCUUUUAGAGAGCAGGUCGGUGCCCACGGUGGUGAUCGACUGCGAGGACGAUAAAGAGAACAUGCCCAGUGAGUCGGAUUACGAGGACUUACCCAGCAUGUAUAAGGACGACCUGGAGGAAGAGGACGAGGAGGACGACGACGAAGAUGACGACUCGCUAUUUACAAAUACUUUAGCCCUGAAGGUGCUGAGGAAAGACUCGCUGGCUAUAAAGCUGAGUAACAGGCCGUCUAAGAGGGAGCUGGAGGAGAAGAACAUCCUGCCCAUGCAGACGGACGAGGAGAGGCUGGAGUCCAGACAGCAGAUCGGUUCCAAACUCACACGGAGACUGAGCCAAAGACCCACAGCAGAGGAGCUGGAGCAGCGAAACAUCCUGAAACCUCGGAAUGAACAGGAGGAGCUGGAGGAGAAGAGGGAAAUCAAACGGAGACUCACGCGCAAGCUCAGCCAACGGCCGACGGUGGAGGAACUGCGGCAAGCCAAGAUCCUGAUCCGCUUCAGCGAUUACGUCGAGGUCGCCGACGCUCAGGACUACGACCGGCGGGCUGAUAAACCCUGGACACGCCUCACUGCGGCAGACAAGGCUGCCAUACGGAAGGAGCUCAACGAUUACAAGAGCACGGAGAUGGAGGUGCAUGAAUCCAGUCGCCAUUUAACCAGGUUUCACAGGCCGUAGACGAGCGUGGACCGGACUGGACCGGACCACAGGUGCUGGUCAGAUCGAUGGUGCACGAAAUCACACUAAAAGCCAAGUCCUUGAGAGGGAGGGGGCAAAUAUUUUAUGCCUUUUACAAAACCCAGGACGUCGCCCUAAACCUCACCAGCCUGAAAAAGGAAAAAAAAAAAAACAUAUACACACGUCCACGUGGUGGUAAAACGUGCGUGUUUUUGCCAUGAAGAGCCCUGGAAAUGGCUUUUCAUGCAUUGACGCGUCAAAUUUUUCUUUUUCCUUUCUUUCUUUCUGAUUCACUUUUUGUUUUUUUUUUCCUUUUUCUUUCUCUUUUCCAUCCACACGCUCCACUCACUGUUCAUGUCUUCUCCUGGACGGUCAGAAGGUGGCGCCGGACCUGCUCCGGCUCAGACCGAACGAUUUCAUGUGCAAUAUGUGAAUACGUGUUUUGCUCAUCGUUUCUCUGGCGCCCUCUGCUGGCCAGCAUCAUUAUACACUUACACACGCACGCUCUCACACUGUACAGACUCUAAGGACCUCUGCAGUAAACUGUGAGCGGCGGAGCUCGGACGGCGCUUUGUGCUCUCGCCACGUGUACAUUUAUGUUUAUACCGGAUUAUUGAGUAGAAUAUUUUAAACGUGUAAAAUGCAUUAUUAUACAAAUAAGGAAUGGAAAACCUUUUAUUUAAAUAAGGAAGGGCUUGCUUGGGGAGCGGUUGGAGGAUGCAGAUAUGUAUAUGAUUAUAUAUGAAAAGUGUCCCUUUUUUUUUUUUCGUUUGUUUGUUUGUUUUUUUUUCGCUGUUUGUGCGUCAGUUUCUUUUUAAAUCAUUAUUUAUUAUAAUUUUAUUUAAUUAUAAGGCUGCCUUUUUUUUCGUUAAUUUUUGUUUCUUCCUUUUUUUUUUUUUUUUUUUUUUUUUUCUUUUUUUAAAAAUUUUUUUUCUUCUUAAAGCUCAACCCAAAUCUCAGUUCGAAGCCCAGGGAUUUUUAUUAAAUUAUUUAUUAAUGUGUUUUUUUUUUUGUUUUUGUUUUUUUGUUUUUUGGCCAAUGGAACCACACAUCUGCUUCUAGGAUUACGAUCGUCGUCGACGACGUAGGAUCGUCGAGUCGCGUACGUGCGCCAGAUGCAGAAUCUUCUCCCACGUUUAACCUGACUUUACUUUUGAUUUCUAAAGCUGAUCAGACUGAGCAAUAUUUUUAAUGCCUGUAGAGAAAUGUCAUGAUGCACCUGUUUAAAUAUCUGCAGUAAUCUUGUUUUAAAAAAAACAAAAACAAAAAAAAAAAAACAAAACCAACCCAUCGCUGUAACGUGUAGAAUGGACUAAACCACUUCUUUGAAGGCCAAUAUUCUAUGUGUUACUUUUAUUUUUUAAUCAUUUCUAUAACUUGGAACGUUUUAUCUGGAAUUCGAAUGAUAGUAUAUGAUUGAUUUAUUUUUUUUUAUUUUGUUAAUUUUUUUUUUUUUAUAGGAUGUUAAUCGCGGUCAUACAUAUAAACUGCAUGAACACAGACGUGAAUGCUACAUUUCCAUCACCAUCAGGUCAGGAAUAAUCCUUCUCUCAGACUCCGAAACUGUCGUGUUUUUCCCGGAUGCGAGUUUGGUAAACCGCGUAGCCGCGACGCGACGCACGGCCGCCUCGUCACUCGUCUCCAACCGCUCCGAUUUACUCUUCAAAGGUGAAGCCGUGAAUUAUGUCCCGGUCUCAUUAGCAUAUAAUUAGCAUGCAUCACCCGACACGACGUAAUGAAUUACUGAGACUUUUUUUGUUUUUGUUUUGAGGGAUUGCGAUUAACCUGGCCACCUUCAUCACCACUGAUUCUAUCAUGGGAAACGAUACUGACUGCGCUCAUGAUUUUUCUACCAGCGUUUCUAUGAAAAUUGUAUAAAACUGAAAAACAGACCGGAACGUUCGGCACGUGUAGUUUCACACGUGUAAGAACAUGGCUUUGUAACGGAAGGUCACUGCAGGUCAAGCGCAGCAAACAUUUACAGCUGCGUGCGAAAGUUUGCACUCCCACAUCCUUUUCGUUCUAACUUAAAAAUAAAUAAAUCAAUCAAAUAAAAUGAAAUCCCUGCAUCUGUACUGAUGCCGAAUGAAGAACCCUCUCGGUUUCCCAAAAGAACAUUUGACUUAUUAACUUAUCUUUAAACGUUUUGAGCAAAAAGAAGAGGGGGGGGGGUAAAAGAUUUAAUCAUGCGGAAAGGUCGCUGUGGUGGAAAACAGCUACUCGUUUAUCAGCAGGCGUUCUGGGGAACUACGUCCUCCGCCAUCUUGUUUAUUUUUUUAAGAAGUUUAGGAGAAAAGCUUCUCUCUAGCGCCUUAAAGGGUUCGUCGAUUUGUCCAUCUUUAGCGGAAAUGCUUAAAAGUUCUACAGUGCCAAAACAAACAAACAUCUUAGCAAGUGAAACUAUCUUGAAUAUAGUCAUAUUUAUCAAGCGCUUCCUAUUAGAUCACCCCCCCCCCCCACACACACACACACACACAUAAAAAAACAAUAGAAACCAUCACAGAAACUGAAAUGAUUUCCACUACACAUACCAUUACAAACCAUUACAACCACUACCGGUACUUAAUGGUAUCCAUUAAACAUAACAUACCACCAGUCGAAGGCAACGGAUUACCAGUAGAGACCCACAGGGACCAUUAGAGUUUCCAUGAACACCAUAUUCUGCGGGUUUCUAUUGUUUGUUUUGUUUUGUUUAGUUUGUUUGUUUUCAUCAGGGAUCUCAUAAUAAUAAAUGAGAGAAAUCUGCCCAUAUUGAAGAUAUAUUCACUUGCUGAGAUCGUUCUCUGGAACGUGGCCUAUAAAGAAAGGUUUUUCCCUGGAGCUCGAGUUUGGCAUGUUCUCCCUCCCUGCGUUCCCGUGAACUUCCUCGAGGUUCUCCUGAAGCGUGCGUAUCCUGGCGUCCCAUCAGGGGUGAAUUCUCCUACCUCGUACCCAGCGUUCCCGGGAUUGGCUCCGGAUUCACACGACCCCGGCGCGUACUAAAGAUGAGUGAAUGAGAUCCAAGUUGAACUCGUCCAGGAAGAUCAGAAUCGAACUAUCCAAAGAUCUCUUGAGGAAGCACUCUGGAGUGCUUUUAGGGUGGGUUCCUCAAGGGUUCCUUGGGAGCUUAAGGGUUCACUUCGGAGAAGGAGAGAUCCUCUGUUGUAGGGUUCGUAGACCUUUUUUAAUGGACAAAGCAAGCAACUCUUUAGGGUUCUUGAACUUGCACACUUCUAAAAAAAAAUAAAAUAAAUAAAUAAAUAAAAAAAAUUGAAAAUAAAAAAAAAUUACAUAAAGGUGCCAAAACUAAUCAAACAAAAAAAAAAAAGCGUGAAAGAAUUAUUUUGUUUAUUGAUUCAAUAGAUUUUUUAACUGAUUAAUAACACUCCUGAUGUCGACGUUUGUGAUUUAAAUCACCAAAUUUCACUCGAGCUGAUAACGUGUCAGAUUCCUUCAAGGUGCAGAGCAGUGUGUAACACAGCCCACGACUGUCUGUACAAAAAAGAGUAAAAAUAAACAAACAAACAAAAAAUCCAGAUUUGGCCAUAAAAGUAAACAUCUUUUCUCACCGUGACACAUUAAAACCCCGACUCGACCUGUUGGACCUGCAGGAAUGUGAAUUCAGCAAUAAAAGUAUUGGGUUUUUUUUUUUUUUUUUGUGUGUGUGUGUGUGUGUGUGUGUGUUUUAAUUUUGCUUUUUCCCCCGUGUGUGUGUGUGUGUGAGUGAGAUAGAGUGAGAGAGAACUCUGGGAGAUGUUUCAGCUUCCAGUAUGCUAGGGACUGCUUUAUCUCCAUUAAAUAAAACAAAAUGACCAAAACGUGA